UUUUAUUAAGGAUCUACCUUUGUCUAUAUCAUAAGUUCCUACAUGAAACAUGUGUUCCAGCAUAUAGUUCUGAAUUUCUCAUCCUUCCCAGGUUGAAAAAAGAAGGAAAAAACUAAGUGUACCAUGGGUUCUUUGGUAAAUCCUACCCUUCCCACAAUACACUUUUCUGGGAAAAACUUAGAGCCUGGUUCCACAGCUUGGAUGUCCACGAGUAAAGAUGUUGUUCGUGCACUCGAAGACUACGGUUGUUUUGCUGCAACUUACAGCAAAUUUUCCCUCGGGAUGCACAAAGCAAUUUUUCGUUGUUCGGAGGAGUUAUUUGACCUCCCGACGAAUGUAAAAGUCCAAAACACUUCAGACACGCCAUCCCAUGGAUACGUCGGACAAGAGCCGAUUAUCCCUUUGUAUGAAGGUCUAGGGAUCGAGAAUGCCACAACACGUGAAGGAGUCAAGAAGUUUACCAAUCUCUUAUGGCCAUCUGGAAAUGACCGUUUCUGUGAGACUGCUUUAGAGUACUCGAGGCUCGUUGCAGAACUGGAUCAGGUGGUGAUGAGAAUGGUGUCAGAGAGCUACGGCAUAGAGAGUAGCUACGAGUCGUUGCUUGGGGCAACCUCGUACCUUCUUCGAAUCAUAAAGUAUCGAAAACCAGAGAAAGGUGAAAACGGUUUGGGUAUUGUCCCUCACACGGACAAAAGCUUCAUGACCAUUAUUCACCAAUGCCAGGUAAACGGCCUGGAGAUUAAGACAAAAGAUGGUGAUUGGAUAACCGUCGAUCCGUCUCCCUCCUCCUUCAUCGUCAUGGCGGGUGAUGCUUGUAUGGGAUGGACAAAUGGAAGAAUAGAACCUUCAAUUCACAGGGUCAUAAUUAAGGGGAGUGAGGAAAGAUACUCACUUGGGCUCUUCACAUUCAUAAGGGAUCUCAAGAUACAAGUGCCAGAGGAGCUAGUUGAUGAUCAUCAUCCUGCACAGUUCAAGCCUUUUGACCACUACAAGUUUAUUCACUUUUAUUACACUGAGGAGGGCAGGAAAUCAAACUGUCCUCUUAGGGCUUAUUGUGGAGUUUGAGGUUUCAUAUGUCUGCAUGCACAUGUUAUUUUUAGGUGUGUCUGAAUGUGUCAUGUUUAAUGAUGAAUUAAUGAAAUGUUGUGUAAUAAUUUAUAUAAAUAAAAACAAUUAAAAGCUUGAAGUGUUCAUCAGUGAAGUUGAAAAGACCAGGAUUUGAUCCUUUAUUGUCCAUUAAAA